AAAUGAAUAACAGGGAAAUUGUACCUCUAGUUGCAAGCGUAUGCUAUGAAAUUGACGAAUUGUGCUGUACAUUUGAGAGAGUAAAGACUGUCCAUCUUUACUGUUCUGAGCUGUAAGAUAAUGCGACGUCGAGAGAGAAAACUAUAAACAAGAUUUUAUUUCCACGUGUAUGAAUGAUGCCAUGUGGUUUCGAACCUUCUUAAUCAGUGAUCUUCAAAGUUUUACUCCAUUCGGUAUAAGCAUACUGUCUUCGUGAAAAAGAACUUCAGAUGAAGAUGAAACGUAAGCAGCUCAAGAUAUCUGAACUCAUGGGUCCACGCCGGAUUCAAGCUCCGACUUGAAGAUCACUGAUCUGUUCCACCCCCACCGAGUUCUUCUCAUCUGGCAAGUCGGCGGCACUGGAUGAACUCUGGUAUGGACAGUCGACACCGCGAAAGCGCCCAGGCAUCAUCGUCUCUCUCACGAGAGGGAGAGAGAGAGAGGAAGGGAGUAAGGCGAAGAGCGUGGAGGGAAGACGAAAGUGAAGAAAAAAAAAUAGAGUGGAGCAGUUCCUCGAAAGAACUUGAGAGGUGUUGGAUUUUCUGCUGCCAGGCAAAAUGCAGUUGCCGGUAAUAUUCGCCGGUCUUCUGCUGAUUGCUCGGCUGUCCAGGUCUGAGAUCCUGACGCCGCCGUAUUUCAAUUUGGCUGAAGGCAAGGAGAUCGUGGCCUCGGCUACAUGCGGCGUCGACACUACCGGCCCCGAAUUAUAUUGCAAACUCGUCGGCGCGAACGCCGAUCAGGAUGAAGAUAUCAACUUGAUUCAAGGCCAGGUAUGCGAUUAUUGCGAUCCUGAUAAUCCUGAAAAAAGGCACCCGCCCGAAUAUGCGGUCGAUGGUAUGGAAAGGUGGUGGCAAUCACCACCUUUAUCCAGGGGGAUGAAAUAUAACGAGGUCAAUCUGACGAUCAACCUGGAACAGGAAUUUCACGUCGCUUAUGUUUACGUGCGAAUGGGCAAUUCUCCUCGGCCGGGACUCUGGAUUCUAGAAAAAUCGAAAGAUUACGGCAAGACCUGGUCGCCCUGGCAAUACUUCUCGGAUUCCGCCAGCGAUUGUCUGACCUAUUUCGGGGUGGACAGCCACAGACCCAUUAUUCGAGACGACAGUGUAAUCUGCACGACCGAAUACUCAAAGGUCGUUCCACUCGAGGGUGGCGAGAUUCCUAUCUCGAUCUUGAAUAAUCGGCCCUCGGCGAAGCACUACUUCAAUUCGACUUUGUUGCAAGAAUGGACGCGAGCGACCAACGUUCGUUUCCGCUUUCUCAGGACGAAGAACUUGCUCGGGCAUCUGAUGUCCGUCGCUCGCCAAGAUCCUACCGUUACGAGAAGAUACUUUUACUCGAUCAAAGAUAUCAGCAUUGGCGGUCGUUGCAUGUGCAACGGUCACGCGGACAUCUGUGACAUUCAGGAUCCGAAUAUGCCGAAGAAACUGGUCUGCCGAUGUCAGCACAACACUUGCGGGCCUCAGUGUGCAACGUGUUGCAGGGGUUUCGAGCAGAAAAAAUGGAGACAAUCUACAGCAUCACAAAAAUUCAUAUGCGAAUCCUGCAAUUGCUUCGGACAUUCGGACGAGUGCACUUACGAUCCGGAAAUUGAUGAGAAACAUUUAUCGUUGGAUAUUUACGGUAAUUACGAGGGCGGUGGUAUUUGUCAGAAUUGUAGGCAUAACACUGAAGGCAUCAAUUGUAACCGUUGCAAGCCCAAAUUCUUUAGGCCGCGUGACAAGCUACUCAACGCAACCGACGUAUGUCAACCCUGCAAUUGCAAUUAUUUUUACUCGACCGGAAACUGCGCCGAUUCCACUGGAAAAUGCGAGUGCAGAAAAGAGUUCACACCGCCGAACUGCGAUACCUGCAAUUACGGAUACUUUGACUAUCCUAAUUGUAUACCCUGCCAGUGUGAUUUGCGAGGCACUGACGGUUACCAUUGUGAAGCAAAAGACGGUAUUUGUCCCUGCAAGCCAAAUUAUGCCGGUCACUAUUGCAACCUCUGCGCGGAGGGUUUUUACAAUUUUCCCGAUUGCUUACCCUGCAAUUGCAAUCGUCUGGGUGCUCUGAACGAUGUUUGCGACGUCGUAUCCGGUAACUGCACGUGCAAAAACAAUUACGGAGGCAGAACGUGUGACAAUUGCGAGAACGGAUACUACAAUUAUCCUCACUGCACAUAUUGCAAUUGUGAUGCGCGCGGAACAGAACCCGGUAUUUGCGACAAGGUGAAUGGUGCUUGCUUAUGCAAGGAAGGAUACGGAGGCCAGAGAUGCGACCAGUGUAUCCCUGGAUAUUACGGCUAUCCCAACUGCGUACCAUGCAAUUGCAGUUCCGUCGGUUCAUCCGGCAUUAGUUGCGAUUCCACCGGCAAGUGCUCGUGCCUCACCAAUUUCGCCGGAAGGACUUGCAGUCAGUGCAGUCCAGGAUAUUACCAAUACCCGGAAUGCAUUGUAUGCAAUUGCGAUAGUCUCGGCUCAAUCGGCGUAUCCUGCGACAGCGAAGGUAAAUGCCAGUGCCGCGAGAACUUCGAUGGCAUUCGUUGCGAGCAAUGCAAAAAGGGUUAUUAUAACUUCCCUACCUGCGAGGGUUGCAACUGCGACCCGGCUGGCAUAGUCGCGACUUUCCAAGGUUGCGGCUCUUUGCCGCCCGGCGAACUUUGCCAGUGCAAGGACCGAGUCGAAGGAAGAAUAUGCAACCAAUGCAAGCCGCUUUAUUGGAAUCUGCAGCCUUACAAUCCAGAUGGUUGUGAAGAGUGUCGCUGUAACAUUCCCGGAGUCAUCGGCAGCAUCGGCGAGUGUGAUACUAAGACGGGGCAGUGCAUCUGCAAACCCGGCGUAACCGACAGAGGAUGUAGCCGAUGCAUCGACGGGACGUACAAUCUUCAGGAAAACAAUCUUUUUGGUUGUUCCGAUUGCGCUUGCGACGUUGGCGGCUCCGUGAACCCGAUAUGCGACAAGCAAAUUGGCCAGUGCCCUUGCCAGCCACGAGUAAGCGGUCUAACAUGCAAGGACCCCCUGAAGGCGCAUUAUUUCCCUACCCUUCAUCAGUAUCAAUACGAGGCCGAGGUCGGCAAAACUCCCAGCGGCAGCAGCGUCCGCUACGGUAUCGCAGAGGACAUCUUUCCGGGCUACAGUUGGAAGGGCUACGCCGAGUUUACUACCCAGCAAGAUGAGAUUGUACUGGGCGUGGGCAUCGGCAAGUCUUCGCUCUAUCGGAUGGUUUUGCGUUACAUGAAUCCCAAUAAUGAGCCCAUCCUCGGUACUAUUACUAUCACUCCUGAUAGCCCGUCCGAGGUAGAGCAGCAGUUUAAAGUCAACUUUAAGCCGACCAGCCGACCAGCCUUCGUAACAGUUGCCGGAAUACAUGGCAAUCAUCCGUCGCCUAUGGUGAUGAAUCCCGGACACUGGUCUAUCAAGAUCGCCACGAAGAAGAAUAUGUUCCUCGAUUACUUUGUUCUACUGCCGUCGGAAUACUACGAGGGCGGCAUACUGACGCAGGACGUGAACGUGCCCUGCGAAGUCGGCUAUAAAGGCCUCUGCAGGCACUACGGAUAUCCGAACCUGACACAAUUCGAUUCGGUUCAAGGUGCUGGCGGCUUUCUCAGCGAGAAAGACGCCCGGAUCCCGUUGACCGAGUACUUUACCGAUCGCGAGACUUUGCAAGAGAUCGGCGAGGAUGAAGUGCCGCUUAUUAACGAGCAACAAGAAGAAAUUCAUUUUGAACUAAGAAUCAGCAAACCUGGUCCUCACGUUCUCGUGGUGACUUAUGUCACUCCACGGGACGAGCAACACACGUCGGUGCUGCUAGUCGCGAAUACAGUCGGCAAGGGCAAAGUCACUCUGAAUCCCUGUAGGUAUACCAGCACAUGUCGACAGGUUGUCACCGACUCCUACGGCAAGGUGGCCGUCGUAAAUUUCCCGUCGAAUUACGUUAGCUUGGUGCUGACCGGCGAGCCGACCUCAAACGUCGCGAUCGACUCGAUAGUGGCAAUUCCCUACCAUCAAUGGUCGUUGGAUUACAUAAAGCCCAAGUCUGUCUGCGUGAGGAAAAACGGCAAAUGUGUGCAAGGAAUUUUCCCCGGUGCCGCCGACGCCAAGAAGAUCGAAUUCGAGGCCUCUAACAACGAAACUGUAAAUCUACCUCCCGGUAUUUAUGAUAACGCCACUAAAUUGAUCUACCUAGGUGACGGCAACAUGAUGGACAUUCACGCGAAGGUGUCCCAACCGGGAGACUACGUCUUCGUGAUACAGUAUUAUCAACCGGAUCAUCCUCAGUUCGAGCUAGAUGUAUUAGUGUCGAACGGCAAGUUCUACGAGGCGAAGGUGCUGGUCCCUCAUUGUCCCAGUAACAGCGGCUGUCGUAGCAUCGUACGUCAAAUCGACAACAACGACAUCAGGUUUCAGCUGAUUGAAAGUUUUAUGCUGACACUGAAAGAGCCCGGUCGCGGUAUCUGGUUGGACUACGUCCUGGUGAUCCCGGCGGAUCAGUACAACGAGAAGAUCCUUGAUAAAUUACAGUUCGACCAGACGAAAGAAUUUAUCAAGCGUUGCGGCAGCAGUCAUUACCAUAUUAACGUCACCGAGGACAACUUCUGCCGUGAUUCCAGUUUUUCUCUAACGACCAAUUACAACAAUGGCGCGCUGCCUUGCAACUGCGACAGCGAGGGUUCCACCAGCUUCGAGUGUGAGAAAUUUGGCGGCCAGUGUCCCUGCCGGCCGAACAUCAUUGGCAGACGAUGCGAGAUCUGCAGGUCUGGCUUUUACGGCUUUCCCAGAUGCAGACCGUGCAACUGUCCCGCUCUUUGCGAGGAGGAUACCGGUAAUUGCAUCUGUCCGCCUCGGGUGACAGGUCAACGAUGCGACCAGUGUGUGGCCGGCACCUACGGAUUCCAUCCGCUUAUCGGCUGCGAGGAGUGCAACUGCUCACCCGUGGGCGUCUUGGACGGUGAUCUACAAUGCGAUUUACUCGACGGCUUCUGCCGCUGCAAGGAGAACGUGGUGGGCCGUCAAUGCGAUCGCUGCCGCGCCGGUUACUCGCAGUUUCCGCAUUGCGAGCGCUGCGACUGCGAUUCACGCGGCACAACCGGCGAUAUCUGCGACCAAUACACGGCCGAGUGCCUCUGCAAGACGAACGUGCAGGGCCAGGCGUGCGACGUGUGCCGCGAAGGCACCUUCGACAUUCAGGCUGAGAAUGCGGACGGUUGUACUAAGUGCUUCUGCUUUGGCAAGACCACCAGAUGCGCCUCCGCAAAUCUCUAUUGGACCCAUCUUAUGGAUAUGGACGGUUGGGAAUUGGUCACACCCAUCGAUAAGAGUGGCAACUUCACCACUCUGUCGACCUACCCUGUGGAGAAUACGACUACAGUCACGGUUUCGCUCACCACCAACGACACCUUCGAGAACGUCGUCUACUUUUCGGCGCCCGACACCUAUUUCAAUAAAAAGCUGACUUCUUACGGUGGUUAUUUCAAUUAUAGCGUUUACUACAGCACGGGACCCUUCGGCAAGGCUGUCAGUGCCGCUGACGUGAUCCUUCAGGGCGCCGACACUACAUUGUUUUAUUAUUCCGACGAGCAACCGCCAUCCUUCGUGAACUUUAGAGCGUCCGUCCGCCUCAUCGAGGCUAACUUCGUAACUAGCAAUAGACUCAGCGCUACCAGAGAACAGAUUAUGGUUAUUCUCGAAGAUCUACGUGGAAUAUACGUGCGUGCCACGUACUGGAAUCCCAGCAUCAUGGCUUCAUUAUCAUACGCAACCUUGGACGUCACAACGGAACAAUACUCGGCUCAGUACAGCAUCCCGGCUAGCAGCGUGGAGCAGUGUCAGUGUCCACCCAAUUACCAAGGACUUUCGUGCGAGGAAUGCGCACCAGGAUACUAUAGGAUCAAAUCGGGACCGUACGGAGGAUACUGCGCGCCAUGUCAAUGCAACGGCCAUGCGACUACGUGCGACGUGAAUACCGGAAUCUGUCAGAACUGCAAGAAUGGCACCGUCGGCGAUCAUUGCGAGUACUGCGAGGAGGGUUACUACGGUAAUGCCACUGUGGGCACACCGACGGAUUGUCUGAUCUGUGCAUGCCCGUUGCCAGUCGCCUCCAACAACUUUGCCACCGGCUGCGAGGUGAACGAGGAGGGCAAUAAGAUCAGCUGCGACUGCCUGCCCGGAUACUACGGCGCCCGAUGUGAGGCUUGCGCCGCCGGUUAUUACGGCAAUCCCGAGGUGUACAGCGAUUACUGUAAGCCGUGCGAGUGCUCCGGUAACAUUGACACCAAUCAAGUUGGCUCGUGCGACAGCUUCACCGGUCAGUGUUUACAGUGUUUGAACAACACUUACGGCGAGGCGUGUAAUCUAUGCGCCCCCGGCUACUUCGGCGACGCCGUGGAGCGGAAAGACUGUCGUAGCUGCGUAUGCGACGAAUGCGGGAUGGAGCACUGCGACAGCUACAGCGGUCAAUGUUUCUGCCAAGAAAAUGUUAUUGGCGAGCAUUGCGAUCGCUGCGCACCCGAUCAUUACGGUUUCGACACCUGCAACGGAUGCAGGCCGUGCGACUGCGAUCUGGCCUCGGAGAGUAGCCAGUGCGACGGAGAAACGGGACAGUGCAAAUGUAUGCCAGGCACCACCGGUCGCAGAUGCGACCAGUGCACUCAGGGGUAUUGGAAUUACGGACCGGAUGGAUGCACAUCAUGCGAAUGUCACACUGGUUACUCCGUUGGUGUGUCCUGCAACACAACCACCGGUCAGUGCACCUGUUUACCUGGUGUGAUUGGCGAAAAGUGCGAUCACUGCCCGUAUCGGCACGUGCUCAUCCCAGCGCAGGGCUGCUUCUCCUGCGGUUCCUGCACGGGAAAUCUUCUAGAUGUCACGGACGAACUAGCCGAUUUGUUAGAGCCUGUCUCGCGCAAGUACAGUACGGUUGCGGAAGGCUACUUUACACAUCAACGACUCAAGUUUAUCAACGAUACGGUUAACGAGCUCUAUCCCGAAGUUGAAUUAUUGGAUCCAAGUCGGGUAGAUUUACUGAUGCCAUUGCAGAAGAAGCUGAAACGGCUGGAACACGAAGUGUAUAAUCAAAAUCGAAAGAUCGAUUUUACCGCUGAGGACAGCGUCAAAUGGAAGAACAGCGCGCAGAUAACGUUGCAGAACAUGAGUAAUCUGGAGGAGGAUGCGAAGCGCAAAAUCGAGCUGGUAAAUCAGAUCGUAGCGGAAGUACAAUCGCUAGCGGUGAAUAUUGAACAGGGAACGGGCGCCAAGAUCGAUAACGCAUUGAACGAGGCGAAGGAGAUUCUUAAAGGAAUUAAGGACGUCUCCUUCACUAAUUUUCGGGAUAAGGCGCUGGACCAAGCGGACCAGGCCAACAUCCUGAUUUCUGAAAUGCAGGAGUACAACUUUCCGGUCAGCAAUCUAAGCUCUGCCGCAGCUGACCUCAGCAACAAAAUCGAAAAUGCCACCGCUAAGAUGGACGACUUGCUGGACACCGUGCAGCAAGCUCAAGAAAUUGCCAGCAUGGUAGAUAAGCUGAAUCGAGAAAAUAAAAUCGCUGCGCAUACCGGUAAUCUCGAUGUUGUGAAAAACUCCACUGCCGAGGCAAGAGAGGACCUGGAGGCCGGGGAGCAGCUCAGGAAUAACGCCAGUGAUUUCCUUAAUCAGGCAAAGGACAAUAUCGAACUUAUACAAAUUAACGAUAUCAACGAUGCGACUAAUCAACUGAACUACACCAAAGAGGAAAAUGAUAAAAUGUUGAAGGAGACUGAGCCAGUCAGGCUGAAAGCCCAUGUUCACGCGGCAUACCUAUACAAUCGUUCACUGGAAUUGGAUAGUCUAUUGACCGACACUCGCAAUACUAACGCAGUGAGAGCCGUUUCAGCAUAUAGAGAUAUCGAAACUGCAAUUCAAGCUGCAAAAGAUGCUGCGAACAAUGCCAUAAUCGCUGCUGAGAAUGCAACUUUGCUGACUGACGGACUCGAGCAAAAUAUGCUGGAUUCUCGAGAGGAGUCCUUCAAAUUAUUAACUGCCGCGCAGUUGGCUCUAAGGAAAACGACGGGUCAGCUCGAGAAUGAUUUGCGAGACGCAAGGAGUAACGCGACUCUGAUUGACAAUCAAAAUAAACGUAACAAGGAACUUCUCGACUCCAUCGACAAGACGCUUGGCAACAUUCCUUCGCAAUCGUCUUCGGUCGCGUAUGAUGCCAUGAAUCAAGCGGUGAACGUCGAGCGUAACAUCAAGUUCGCUAUCGACGAUAUGAAUGACAUCGUGAAUCAAAUCCCGGAAGAUCUACGAGAGACGAAGCAACUCUCGAAAAAUACAUCAGAGUCAAUCCGUGACAUCUCACAGGCAAACAAACAGUUGGAUGUUGUAGAUAAGAUAAUGCCGAACAUUAAUAGUCUGCUAAACAGUCUGAAUGGCAAUCAGAAAUCGAUCGACGCAACUGGGAACGAUCUGCAAAGUAAAAUCGAGGCUCUGAGAAACAAAAUCGCGAAUGCCCGGGAACUCGCCAAUCGAUUCAAGACCGGCUUGACCUUCUUCAGGAACACUACUUUGGAACUGAAGAACCCGGAGAGUUUGCCACUAUUAGCUACAUCCACAAAGAUAUCACUGUAUUUCAGGACCAACGAGACCAACGGUCUUCUAUUGUAUCUCGGCAAUGAGGAAAAGACAAAGCUACCACGCUCUAAGACGCAUGACUUCAUGGCGUUAUCGAUUGAAGGCGGAAAUCCGGUGCUUGUAGUCGAUUUGGGAUCCGGACCAGAGAAGAUAAUCAAUAACAAAUGGGUAUCGGAUAAUGUGUGGCGGCAGAUAAUUAUCGACAGAACUGGCAAGAAUGUCAAGUUGAUCGUUCGCGAAGAUAUUGGUGAGGGCAAGGAUAGGUUGUACGAGAAAGAACAGGUUUUACCGGGUUCUCUUUACAUCUUUAAUGUGGACCAGGAGCAUUCGAAGCUCUUCGUCGGUGGUUAUCCAUCGUCCUUCGGCAUCCAAGACGCCGUAUCCGCGUUCUCUUUCGAGGGCGAAAUGGAGGAAUUGAUGAUAGGCGAUAUACCGGUAUCUUUCUGGAACUUCGUCGACGGCGAGAACAAUCAGAAGAGCGCGCUCGAACGCGACAAGCUCAUUAAUUUCGCGCCGAGCAGAGGUUACCGUUUCGACCGACACGGCUACGCAAUCCUCAGCAAGAGGAGCUCGCAAAUUUUGCCAGAUACCAGAAGAUUCAUUAUCAAACUGUCUUUCAAGACUUUCGUGGAGGAUGGAUUAAUUUAUUUAAUGGGCAAGGGUAGACAGUUCUUGUCUCUGGAAUUGAGAAACGGUCAAUUGUUGUACCAGUAUGAUCUCGGCGAGGGUACGAUUGCUCUGAGGUCCUCGGAUAGGUACAACGAUGGUAACUGGCACACUCUAGAGGCUGUUAGACAGGAUACAUUGGGCGCGCUCAAGGUCGAUGAUCAUCCAGUCGCGUCGCAUCCAGAGAAAGGGACCACCAAGCCUCUGACCUCAUCAGAUCACAUUUAUUUCGGUGGAUAUCCACCUAACGCAAAGCGUCCCUACGAAUCGGUUACCAACAAUGGCUUCGAAGGAUGUAUCGAUAACGUGCUCAUCUUCGACACUUCUGUCGAUCUCACGCGCAACGUGCAGGCGUUUGGAGUUAUGCCUGGCUGUCCAGUUAGGUUUGCCAGUCUCGUUUCUUUCGAGAAAAACAUACCCGGCUAUGUGAGAUGGCGUAAUUUGGCAUCCGACGGUCUACAAGUGAAUCUCAAGUUCAAAACAUUGGCCAGCGAUGGUCUGAUUUUCUACGCGACCAGCAACCAUCAACAGAAUGCGGCUACUAGUUACCUAUCACUGGAGGACGGUCAGUUGGUAUUCAACAGCCAGGGUGAGGAGCUUAGGACCAGCCCGGAUGUUAGGUUCGACGAUAACGAGUGGCACGUGGUGACUGCCACUCAUGAUCAAUCGGCUCUUAGCCUCGACAUUGACGACACGAGGAACUACAGUACCGAUUCGGCGCCGCCGUCGUUGCACUUCCUCUACGGCGACUUGUACAUUGGUGGACUGCCGUCAGAUUUCGAUUCGGAAGGGCGGAAAAUCGUGCCCUUCGUCGGUUGCAUUGGCGACGCGACCCUCAAUAGCGAGAUCAUCAUCAAUUUCGCCAACACGACCGAGAGACCACACGCGGUUCUAGGAAAAUGCAAAGGCGGUGAUCAGACGCUUUCACCACCAAUCGUCGAACCUGAAUUUCUGCCACCGUUACUGCCGUCGGAAGGUCUAGAGGACACAGUAGAGACAGCAACUCAACCCAAUGUAAUAGACCUCGAAUAUGAAAAGGAGGAUGAGAAAGAAGACGAAGAACCAGAUUUGGAAGGUCGACUUAAUGUAGACAAACAUGAUGUCACAACUACUACGCAAAGAUCAACCGAACAGCCUGAAACCAUCGACCAAUGUCACUUGCCGUACUAUCCGGCAACAGAUCCUGAUCGUGAAAAUGCUUUGCAAUUUGGUACUACGAGAAACAGUAGAUUAGAAUAUAGGACAUUAAACGGAAGAUACAAAGACGACUACGAUUUCCAGAUUAGUAUAAAAACAAUGGCGAACGAUGGAAUUAUAUUCUAUGCUGCUGACAUCAAUAAACAAGAUUUAAUCACCGUGUACAUGCUCGAUGGAAAGAUCCACUACAAAUUCGAUUGCGGAAGUGGACCGGCAUUGCUAGUGAGUGAAAAGAUGAUCAGCAACCAGCAGUGGCAUACCGUGGUCUUCAGGAGACAAGGUAACUACGGUACGCUAAUUGUGGACGAGGAGGAACCAGUGACCGGAUACUCAUUGGGAGAGACCACUACUGUCAAUGUCAAUCCGCCGUUCUUCGUGGGUGGUGUCUUGCCGGAAAUGUCCGACAUCGCGUACACAACAAUUGGCCUCAAUAAAACGUUCAGCGGCUGUCUAGGAAAUUUCAUGAUGAACGGGCAGCCCGUUGGAGAACCAUCGGAAAGAAUAGGCGUGAUGCCUUGCUUGAAGAGAAUCGAGCCUGGUCUCUUCUUCUACCCAGGAAACGGCAGUAAUUUAUACAAAGCAGUUGAUCGAUUUAACGUGGAUCGCACGAUCGACAUUCAAAUGGAAAUAAAACCGCGAUCGACAUCUGGACAUUUGCUAUCGGUACACGGUAAAAGGGAUCAUCUUGUGCUAGAGAUGGUUAACGGUACCAUCAAAUUUCUUAUAAAAACGCAAAAGGGUUCAAUUGAGACCGCGUUUGAACCGACGAAACCAAACGCUCUAUGCGACGGCAAUUGGCACCAUAUUCGAGCCGUCAAACAGAAAAAUGCAGUACUACUAUCAGUCGAUCACAAAACGGCAAUACCCGGAGUCGGUGGCAAAACCGUAACUAGAGUUUUAUCAAGACAUCCGGUAUUCAUCGGUGGCCAUCCGUUACUGGGACGAAGAUUACGAGGCAGUACCUCGCAGGCUCAGUAUGUUGGCUGCAUCAAUAAUAUUGUGAUCAACACAAAAGAAAUCCAUAUCAGGCCUGAACGAGCCUACGGACAAGUUAUCGCCGGUGUAUGCCCAACAAUUUAAAAAGAUGAAAGAAUUCUGAUGGCCGAAUUUAUAGUUUUAUCCAAAAUCCUAAUUCGAUCAUCUUUCUCCUCCUCGAAAUACUUUAUUAAUCUCUGACGAGCUUAAAAAACAAAUAAUAGAUAAGAAAUAGUAAAAAACCGAACUUGCAGAUUAAUUGUCUUUGCGAAAAAAUUUUUUUUUCAAUCAAAAACUCUUUGUAUAGAAUAAGAAAACUCAUUUGUAACCAAAGAUAUCAUUUAAUAAAGGACGUAAGUUAUAAAAUAUGUGUAGAACACACAGGAAGUUGGUUUCAACAUAAUCAUUACAAAGGAAAUCAGAAUUUCUAUAAAAGUCAUAAGCGUUUUUUAUUUUGUGAAUAUAUAUAUUGAAUAUAUAUGUAAUAUUUGUGCGUUAUCGCAUUCGGCACAUCUUGUAAAUAAAUCCAAAUUCUUACAUAAUAAAUUCUCAAAAAUUCAUUCUCAUCGAUUUUCAUCUCUUUUUGGCUCAGUCUUGGUAUCAUUAAUGUUAUGGAAAUCGCUAUACUAAAAUAAUCGCUUGCCCCUUUGUCAAGACACGACGUCGUAUCACUAUAAUGAUCAUAUAAUGAAACGAUUUGCGAUUGUAAAACCAAUAGUCAGAAAAGUUUAAUGAAAAUGCGAAAAAUAAAAUGCAUUUAUAAAUGCACGUUUGCUAAAAGCACUACUGUGUCAUCAAUUUAUACGCAAUUAUUACGCUAGAAUUUUAUAUAAAAACUAUCAUGGAAGUGCAAUCGUAAAAUUUAUGCACAAAUGACAAUUUUACGUAAAUUUCAACAACAAAAUAAAUUAUACUUUCCAAGAAACAAACAACGAAUAUAAAAAUGCCACAAAAAUGUUGAAACGUAAUUUAGAAAAUAAUGCGUGCACGAAUUUUUGUUAAUACAAUUUUGGGAAAAGUAUUCGUUUUUUAUUGUAAAAUAGAUCUUUUUUUCAACUGUCAUUAUGGGUCAUAAUAUGGACAAUAUGAUCGGUCGCAACUUUUUAGUGCUAAAGACUUGCUAUCUCAAAAGAGUAUGAAAAAUAAUACAGCAUUAUUCACUAAAUUAGAGUUCACAGCCACAGAAACGUUUCUUGCAAUGUUUAGUUUCAACAUUUCAUGAUUUCUGCCAAUUAGUUAUACACAUUACUUGUUUGAAUCCAUUUGUCACGCGUAAUUCGAGACGGGAUUUAUGGAUUGUGUAGUCUGAUUAAAGUGAAAAAAUAAAAUAAAAAUAUAAUGCA